UUGUCAAGUUGUCAGUCGGCUUUUUUGUCGAGUUCGGCAAAUUUUUCAGUUUAUUAGCGAAUAAUUCACAUUGCAACUAGUGUAAUAGUGUAUUUUCAUGAUUAAUGUGUGAAAUAAAUAACUAGCCCAAAAAUGCAACCAACUGCAAUGCUUCCGAAACUAUCGGAUACAACUCAAACAAUAUCAUUCUCUGAAGAAGAUAAUGUAUGCAGUUCGGAGCUUUAUUCUUCCGAUGUGCUGGUUACUACUAGCCGUGGCACACACAGCCACGGAAGCUCCAAGAUAAGACUGAAUAGUCUGGUGAACUUCAACUGGCAGGCCAAACUAUAUUCUGGACAGUUGGUGGCUGUUCAUAUCAGUGGAAACUAUCUUGCUUAUAGUGUUAUAGGGCAAACAGGACAAUCGGGGCAAUCAAAGCCAAUGGGUAUAGUGAAGAUAGUGCAGAUCCCUUGUCCAACAGGACAGACAGGACAGAGAGCUCUUAUCAAGGGCUUUAAAACACCAGUGCAAGACCUUGCAUUUGCGCAUAUUCAAGACCAAGUGAUACUAGCCUGCAUUGAUGAGAUGGGAAAUAUUUACAUAUAUGAAAUUGAACUCAAAAAAGAAGGUUUUUCGGUGACGGCGCUGGCAGAGGUGCGCGAGGACACGGGCGCGGGCGGCAACACGCACCGCGUCGUGUGGUGCCCCUACAUCCCCGACGAGGAGGACUCCACCGACGACGAUGACGUUGACGUGGCGCGCCUGCUGCUCACCACGCACGCCAACGAGGCACGUAUGUGGAACGUGCGCGCGCUACAGGCAACGUGCUCAGUCGCGGCAGCGAGGGCGGGCGCGGACGCGGGGGCGAGCGCGGCAGCGGGCGGGGUAGCGGGCGCGGGCUGGGUGGCGGCGAGCGACGCGCAGCGAGCGGGCGCGGGGCUGUGCGCGGGCACGCACUCGGCCGCCGUCACCGCGGCCGCCUUCUCGCCCGACGGCACGGCGCUCGCCACCGCCUCCGCGGACGGAUACGUCAUGUUCGCUCAGGUGUACAUGGACCACGAGAGCAGCCCGCGCUGCCUGCACCGCUGGCAGCCGCACGGCGGCAAGCCGCUCAACAGCCUGUUCUUCCUCGACGACCACAAGGACUACCUCACUGAUUCCAACGUCCAGUUCUGGAAGUUCGCGGUGACGGGCGCAGAGAACAACACGUCCAUCAAGAUCUGGUCGUGCAAGUCGUGGGCGUGCCUGCAGAGCAUCACCUUCAGCCCGCCGCCGGGCUGCGAGAGCCUGGGCAUCAGCGCCGUGCUGGACGUCAGCGCCAACUUCCUGCUGCUGACUGACUACAACGCCAAGAACCUGUACGUGCUGCGCAUGGCGCGCGACAGCGACGACACGACGGCGUACUGCAAGAGCAUCUCGCAGUUCCAGCUGCCCUUCCCUGUGUUGAGCUUCGCCAUUGCUAACGCUGAAGAGAAAAUAGCCAAGUGCGAGUCGAGUUGCACGGACCCCUUCCACACGAACGGCUCGGGCGGCGAGGCUGACUCCCCGGUCGACUACGACGACCUGCACCAUGAUGACGGCGGUGACGGCAGAGUGCGCGGCGCGUCGCGCGUGCGCAUCGAGCUGUACAUCGUCCAGCCCAAGAGCUUGCAGCACGCUGAGCUGGAGUACGAGCCCACCACGCCCGGCGCGCAGCUGCACGAUCCAGAGCGGGUGGCGCUGGAGGACGGCGAGGAGGAUGCGUGCGGGGACGCGCUGCCCUCCUCCAUCAUCCAGCAGCAGACGCAGCAGCUCAAGAACUUGCUCAUGAGGUCGCAGACACAACCCGGUAGUCUGAUGGGGCCCCGACCGGAGUCUCCGACGUCGCUGCCUCCACCGCUGAACCUCAUGACUCCGGAUGCUUUCAGUUCCCCGGGCAAACGCGACGACGAUGACCCGCCUCUGUCCGCCACGCCGGAAAUCUCCAACAAGUCCGCACUCUCUGGAGCGAUAUCUGACGAGGCGCCGCUGGUAGAGAACAAAGCGUCGGGCGGCUCCAGCCCGAGUCGCGAGGUGCAGGAGAUCAUGGGCCACAACGACCAGCCCUUCUACACGGACUUGGAAGAGGAGGAAGAGCUGACGAAGCAGAACGGCGCGCAAGAGCCGCAAGCCGCGCUGGAAGCUGCGCCGGCCGCAGACAGCCUGGCGCCCGCGGGACAGUUGUUCGGCGCCGACUUCUUCGCCCCGCCGGAGAAACCGCCGCCGCCCGCCAAACUCACUCACGCUAACAGCGACACAUCGUGGCCCCAGAUAUCGCUGGCGCAGAUCAACGAAGCGAACGCGCGCAAAGCGACGAGCGACAAGUCGAGCGCUCAGUCGCUCAGCGCGCCGCAUCUCGCUCACGUGCCGAGCGCUCCCGUGAGCGAGCCGAGCGUGAUCGAGCGGCACGUCGUGGACGAGGACACUAAGCGACGCUUGGAGUCGCUUGAACAAAAGCUGGAUACUGUAACUGAGCUGCUGUCGGCGCAGGCGCACUCGCUGGCGGCCGUGCGCGCCGAGCUGCAGGCGCCGCGCGCGCUGCUGGACGAGUCGCUGCAGCGCACCGCCAGCACCGUCGACAGCGCGCUCAGCGCCGGAUGGGAGCGCAUCGCGCGGCUGGGCGAGGCGGCCAGCACGGCGGCGGCGGCGGCGGCGGGCAAGGGCGCGGCGCGCGCGCUGGAGCCGCUGGCGCACGCGCUGCAGCACGAGCUGGCCGCCAAGCUGUCCGCCACCGACCGCCUGUUGCGCGAGAACAUCGACAAGCUGGCCAACAGCAAGACGGUAAUGGAGCGGCUGAGCACGGCCAUCGCCAAGUCACUGUCGGAGAUGGUGCGCGAGUCGUUCCGCCAGGCGCUGUUCGAGAGCGUGGUGCCCGCCAUGGAGAAGACGCACGCGCAGAUCUUCCACCAGCUCAACCACGCCUUCCAGAGCGGCACCAAGGAGUUCGCAGCGAACACCGAGGCGGCGGCGCGCGCGGCGGCCGAGCGCGGCGGCGCGGCGGCGGCGGCGUCGCUGCGCAGCGCGCUGGAGCGGCAUGCGGAGGCGCUGGCGCACGCCGCCCCGUUGCAGCCGCAGCUGUUCGCCACGCAGCUCAAGGACGUCGUGCACGGGGUGCUAGAGAAGGAAGUGUCGUGGUGGCGCGACCAGACUCGCGCGGUGGUGCAGCAGUCGCGAGCGCACUCGCCCGCGCUCCUCACGCCCUCCAUACCUGACCGACAGAUGCAGAUGAACCAGAUCCAGUCGCUGGUGAUGAGCGGCGAGGUGAACACCGCGUUCCAGCUGGCGCUGUCCGCCUCCGACCUGGCGCUGGUGGUGGCGGCGUGCCGCGCUGCCGACCCCACGCGCGUGUUCGGCCCGCCCUGCUGCCUCAAGCAGCACGUGCUGCUGUCGCUCGUGCAGCAGCUCGGCGCCGACAUGGCCAACGACACACACCUCAAGCACAGGUAUCUAGAAGACGCGAUAAUGAACCUGGACCCCAGCAACCCGGUGAUGCGCGAGCACCUGCCCGGCGUGGUGCGCGAGCUGCAGAAGCAGAUCAACAACUUCCUCAGCAGCAACGUUGGACACGCGCUCAGCCGCUCCUUCCGCGUGCUGCUGAUGGCCACCGACGCGCUGCUCAAGCAGGCGGCCUGACCGCGCUGCUGCCGGUGCCGCUGCGCUUGCCCGCACACGUGAUAUAUACCCUAGCGGUGACAGUGACUCAAGUGAUAUAUAUCCUAGUGGUUACAAUGACUCAAGUGACGUUCAUAGUGAUAUAUACCCUAGCGGUUACAGUGACUCAAGUGAUAUAUACCCUAGCAGUUUACAUUGACUCAAGUGACAUUCAUAGUGAUAUUAUACCCUAGCGGUUACAUAUACUCAAGUGACGUUCAUAGUGAUAUAUACCCUAGCGGUUACAUUGACUCAAGUGACGUUCAUAGUGAUUUAAACCAUAGCGGCUUACAUUGACUCAAGUAACGUUCAUAGUGAUAUAAUACCCUAGCGGUUACAUGUACUCAAGUGAUGUUCACAGUGAUAUAUACCGUAGCGGUUUACAUUGACUUAAGUGAUGUUCAUAGUGCUAUAUGCCCUAGUGAUUGUGUUUACAAUGACUCAAGUGAUGUUCAGUGAUAAUAUAUACCCUAGCAGUUGCGUUUACAAUGACUCGAGUUAUGUUCAAAGUGAUAAUAUAUACCCAAGUGGUUGUGUUUACAAUGACUCAACCGAUGUUCAUAGUGAAACAUACCCUAGCGGUUGCUUUCACUGACUCUAGUGACAUUCAUGGUGAUAUAUAGCGGUUGUUUAUACUGACCGCAGUGAUGUUUAGUGAUAUAUCCUAGAGGUAUCAUUUACACUGACUUGAGGGACAUUCAUAGUGAUAUAUUAUACCCUAGUGGAUACAUAUACACUGACUCAAGUGAUGUUCAUAGUGAUAUAUAUCCUAGCGGUUGCAUUUACAAUGACUUGAGUGAUGUUCAUAGUGAUAAUAUAUACCCUAGUGGUUACAUACACACUGACUCAAGUGAUGUUCAUAGUGAUGUAUAUCCUAGCGGUUAUGUUUACUCGGGCUAGAGUGACUCUCAGUGAUAUAUAGCCUAGCAGUUACGUUAAUUCUAACCGCAAUGAUGUUCACUGAUAUAUAUAUUGACUGUUACAUACUCAUAGCAGUGAUAUAGCGGAUUUAAUGUACCCAAGUGUUAAUGCACUGAUUGAGCAGUGUUUAUUUAGACAUUUAUAAAUUUAAACUAAAUAUUGUAAUGAUUGUUUUUUUUGAAUACUGAAAUAGAAAAAUGUCUAAAGCUUUACCUUAAUUUGACUAGUUUUAAAUCCAAAUGUUGGGUAUAAUUAUGUGGUUAUUGUCAAAACAUACCUUGAUAUCCAACCUGUGCAGAAUUCUUAAAAUAUAUCUGAAAUCUUGAAAACCAGAACUUGUACAGUAUAAGUGCACGAUAUAUUUAAUUUGAGGAAAUCUGAUUUAUGUUGCAUUGCGUUGUUAAUAACUAAAACUUGUAUUUGAAACUGGUUGUCUGGUCAUGUCAUAUGUUCUGACUACGCACUUGAAUUUUAGACAUUUUUUUUUAUUCUUUACAAGUUAGCCAUCGACUUCAAUCUCACCUGAUGGUAAGUGAAGAUGGAAGCGGGCUAACUUGUUAGGAGGAUGAAAAUCAUUCACCUUGAAAUUCAAAUUCCUUAGAUACAGAGCAACAAAUUGGUGCUGACUCUUUGGGCGGGUUCAAGGAGCUUUGACCUUUAUACAUGAAUCCUUAUGCCAAUGUAUUUGCUGUUUGUAUGACUAGAAAAUACAUGAAGCAAAGAAAAGUGGGUCAGAGGAAAAUGAGGUAGAUUAAAGUAUUAUAUUAUUAAAAACCUUUAAUACUCGGUAAAAACGUAAUAAGUAGUAAAUGGUACUGCUUUUUAGAAUUCUAACUGUUUGAUUGUAUUGUUAAUGUUUUGGUCCUUACAAUAUAAGAAAUGAUUCAAUGAUUUAUCAAAAAAAAAGUAUUUUAUUUGACAUUGCUAUAAAUUAUUUUCUGUAAUCGUUAAAAUAGUCUUAAAUGAAACCUUUUAUAGUGCUUUUAGUUUUAAAUUAAAUAUAGAAUAUAGAAUUUUUAUAGACAAAGCAUAUAGCAGUCGUGGUUCCCGUUCCCGUAAGAAUAUGGGCAUAUAUAUAGCUUCCCAACAGUGAAAGAAUUUUUCAAAUUGAUUCAGUAGUUUCAGAGCAUAUUGCAUGCAAAUACACAAUCAAAUCUUUCCUUUUUAUAAUAUGUAUUUGUAUAUAUAAAACUUAACGACUGAGUAUGUAGAUUAUACCUAGCACUUGUAUAUAACGCAUACAUUGAAUUGUAACACUAAUAAAAGGAUAGGAAUGAUUGUCUGAAUGUCAAGGUAGUUUUAUAUACUUGUAAUAUUGACUAGUCCAUACAACAUUGUUCUAGCUUAAGCCUUUUAAGCUAAAAGGAGAUGAUCCAAAAUUGUAUGGAGCCCAGGUCCAGUCAUUGUACCCUAGCGGAAAUAAAAGAAAAUAUUUUUUUUAACUAUUUUUGAUUAUACAAAUCUAUAAAUUUACUUUAAUUCUUUCAAAAUAAUAUUCAUUAUCUGCCAAGAAAUGCAACACUAUUAAGGUUAAUAAUGGCGGAUUGAUGACGUUUUCAAUGCAGUCAUCUAUUUGACGUUUGCUGUCAAUUGUCAUGUCAUAGUGGGCAUGAUGACUAGGUUUGAAUAUAUUGAUUUUUAUGAUACAUUCGGGUAAAUAAGGUCUAUGUUAACUAAUUUAUCCGCGGCAGUGCCGCAAAUCUGACCCUUUAAAUCCCUGUAGCUCCGAAAGUAAUGAUCGCAGAUACCGUGUUACUUUUACAAAAUUGCUUUACUAUUAGUAUACUCUUAAUUUAUAUACAAUUUAAAAAACUGUCAUCAUCCCUGUUGCUUUAAGGGUGCCAUCUUGAUAUAACUCAAAAACUUGGGUUUUAAUUUUAUUUAUUUCUUUUUAUUUAGUCACAUUUAUUCACUUUAAUAAAUUUUAAUAAGAUCCUUGUAUUUUUAAAAUUUUAAAGAUAUGGGGUACAAGACAGGACCUGAAAUGGACCAUCUCCUUUAAAAGAUUCUAAUUAUAAAAGGCGUACAUAAAGUCACGAAUUCCUGUCCCAUGCCAGUUUGCCAUCCCAACAGACUAUGAGAGUGAGGGAAUAAUAAAUUCACCUAUGUUAGCUCUCACACUUGUGCACUAUAAUAUCCAGUAUAAAUACAUCAAAUGAUUAAUUCAAGUUUGUUUAUUUUUGUUUUUAAUUUAAUUAAUAAUAUGGUAGAAUGUCACUGUGGCUAUGUAUAUCCGUGGUGUCACCUGGAUCAAGGUAAAUCGCAAAUAAUUUUUUUUCUUUCUUUUUUUUUCUUUCUUUCAAAUAUUAUUUUAUACAAAACAAUACAUUACAAACAUAGAAAUAUUUGAAUUGUAAAAUAAUUUACAAUUUCGUAGGUGUGAUCAGAAAAUCAAAUCUAUAAUUCGUGUGGAUUAACUUGACUGCUACCUUAAGCAACAAACAUUAUUCGAGCCAGGUGUCAAGUUAUUCCGCACGAGCUGUAACGCGCAGACGAAUUUGCAGGCACUCAUAGUAUGUUUCUUGUCUUACUACCAUAACUAAAGAAGAUGUAACUUAAAACUCGCAUACAUUGUUGAACUGCGCUGUUUCAAGGUUAUGCCAACUGUUUGUCUUUGUAGUGAUGAGACAAAAUAACGAGGCAAUUAUAAUUGAAUAUGUUUGAAACGCAAUCUCUGAGCGGUCAGACUUUAGAUGACUAUUGAUAUUGUGGAAUGCGUUUUUUAAUUAUCACGAUUUAACGAGUAUUUCGUGAGUAACUAUAUAUGUAACGCCGCCAUGUUUCUUAUCGCCAUAAACCAUAAUGUUAUUGUUUAUUUUUUAUGUUAUGGUAUGUUAUUUUACAGCAGCUUGAAGUGCACAUUAAAAAAAGCAUUACGACAAUAGGUACAUCAACGGAUGAGAAUUGAACCUUGGACUUUUUCAUUUCAUUAGACCUUCAGUCCAUGAGGUGUUGAGGCUCGAUUUUUUUAUUGUUGACUUUAGUGUUUUUAUGAAUAAUAAAAUAAUUUGUUAUGUUUUCUGCGAACAAAAAUUGGACUAAGUAUUUGUAGAAAUGGCUAGUUGGAUUAUUGUAAUACAAUUUAGUUAAAAGUUAUAGAACAUGUAAGUAAGGGUGGGGUUAGAAAUGGUCGCUUGAAAAAAAUAAUUGAUUUAAAUGAAGCAACAAAAAACUAAAUUACAGUUUAUUUCAUAUAGCAUGGUGCCGGUUACAAUUCGUUUCGCUCUUUAAAGUUGGCCGCGUUAAUAGUACGUUUUAUGGACGUCAUAAGGCAACUGUCACCGUACCCAUGCUAUUUGAAAAACAUUAUAGAUCGGAUGCUGUCGGUACAUACCUACAUACUGACUAUUAGUGUCGCCGCACACGGGCCACACGCGACAGCCACAAACGCUGCCACAAGAAGCAAGAAGGGGCCACAAAAGUAACUGAAGUGCGACAGCUACUUGUGGUCGGUGGUCGACACUUGUGAUCGGUGGCUGCUACUUUUCGACUCUGACAGGUUUACUGAGAUAUGGAGAGAGGGGUGUGGGAUCGCCCGAGUGGCGUGUGGCGGCGUAAAGUUUUUUUUUUUUUUAUUCUUUACAAGUUAGAUUGAUUACAAUAUCACCUGAUAGUAAGUGAUGAUGUAACUUAAGAUGGAAGCGGGCUAACUUGUUAGGAGGAGGAAAGAAAGAAGAAGUAGAAUCUAAAAGUUACAGACAGUCAGUACCCUAUCCUUAUGACAGCAUGUCUGUCUGUAACCCUUAAAAAGAAAGGGUGUACAGCUCAGCAUAUGCCGUGCACUACGUACCAGUAUAAUAUACGGCGCUGAUUUUCAGCUGAGACUCGUGUGACGUCACAGCUUAUUACUAAAUUAAAAUAAGCAGCAAAUAUGUGUACCAUUUUAAAAAUAUAUAAUUACUAAUUAAACUCCACGACAGGAAUCCACACCCCUCUCGGUUUCUACACGACAUCAUACCGGACGCUAAAUCGCUUGGCGGUACGUCUUUGUCGGUAGGCUGGCCACGGCCAAAGCCUCCCACCAGCCAGACCUGGACCAAUUAAGAAAACCUCAAUCGGCCCAGCUGGGGAUCGAACCCAGGACCUCCGUCUUGUCAAUCCAUCGCGCACACCACUGCGCCACGGAGUCCGUAAAAGUGGCCUGUGUGAGCCACAAAAAGCGAGCAGCGACAAUUGUAGCGUGUGGCGGCCACCGGCUGUAACCGUGUGGGCGAGUCCAUAUAAAAUGUAUAAAAACUACAGGAAAUAUGCCGGUAGCGGCGUUUUGUGGUUGUGAACGGUGGCCCGUGUGCGGGACCCCUUAUAACUAAUACACCGUAUACUGACUAUAGUAUGCGAACGAGACGAUAAUAAAAGCAACCCCAUUUAUAAUCCUUAUCUACCCGUGUUUGUCAUUUAAAGUAUUAAGUAAACUAAAUGCCUAUGACUAAACUGUUUAUGAUGAAAAUAUCACGUUAAAAAUGUGAAUAAAAUUUAUUUGAUUUGUUA